CCUUCCAAGCUAGCGGCUAGCUAUCUAGCUAGCAACCGCUCUGAACCCACAGCCGGAGACCACAGAAGGAGGAGGAGACGCGUUUCGGCGGGUUCUAGUAAAAUGGCGUUGCGCGUACGAGGACUGAGCCGCUGGAGUUAACCGACACCCACCCUGGCCUCAACUCUCUCCCAUCGGAGCGAGAUUUUAAGGAGAAAGUAGAUUUGACAGCAGCAGCACCGCUAUGGCCGCGUCGCUGGACCAGAAGUCCCCCAACGUGCUGCUCCAGAGCCUGUGCUGCAGGAUCACUGGGAAGAGCGAAGCGGAAGUAGCCCACCAGUUCCAGUAUGCCGUGCGGGUCAUCGGGAGCAACUAUGCCCCCACCAUCGAACGGGAUGAGUUCCUGGUGUCUGAGAAGAUCAAGAAGGAAAUGGUGAAGCAGAGGAGGGAGGCCGACGCCGCCCUGUUCUCUGAGCUCCACCGGAAGCUGCAGACUCAGGGAGUUCUGAAACACCGCUGGUCUGUCCUCUACCUACUGCUGAGUCUCUGUGAAGACCCCCGCAAGCCCUCCCCUAGGCUGGGCAGCUACGGGGCCCUGUUCGCCCAGGCCCUGCCCCGGGACGCCCACUCCACCCCCUUCUACUGCACCCGCCCCCAGAGCCUGGCGCUCAGCUACGGGGACCGGGCGCCGGCCCCCGGCGGGGCCACGGUGGUGGCCGGGGGCCCCGGGGCUCUCUCCAGCACCACCAUGGGGACCAGCGGGAUCUCCAGCCUGGGGGUGUACACGCUCAACGGGCCCUCGCCCACGCCCCAGUCCCUCCUGGCCGGUCAACCCCCAGCUGCAGGCGGUCCGGCGAUGGGCUCGCGUCUCGCCUGGGCCCUCCCGGUUGGCUCCGCCCCUGCCUGUGCCCUGGCCCCGCCCUCAUCACGGCCCCCCCUGGGGCCCGUCUCCCUCAACCGCGGCGUACGGCCCCGCCGCGACGGGGACCCCAACGCGGAGGUGACGGAGGCGGCGCUGGUGCGAGACAUCCUCUACGUGUUCCAGGGCAUCGACGGCAAAUACAUCAAGAUGAACCUCGCCGACAACUGCUACAAGAUGGACGCCAAGGUGGUGCUGUGUAAGUCCCUGAGGGACACGGGCAGCCGGCUGGCCGAGCUGGGAUGGCUGCACAACAAAGUGCGCAAGUACACGGACGCCCGCAGCCUCGACCGCGCCUUCGGGUUGGUCGGACAGAGCUUCUGUGCGUCGCUUCACCAGGAGCUGAAGGAGUACUACCGCCUCCUCUCCGUGCUCCACUCCCAGCUGCAGGUGGAGGAGGACCAGGGGGUGAACCUCAUGGUGGAGAGCAGCCUGACCCUGAAGAGGCUGCUGGUCUGGACCUACGACCCCAAGGCCCGGCUCAAGACCCUGGCCGCCCUCGUCGACUUCUGCCAAGGGCGCAAGGGCGGCGAGCUGGCGUCGGCCGUCCACGCGUACGGCAAGACGGGCGACCCCCAGAUGAGGGCGCUGGUGCAGCACAUCCUCAGCCUGGUGUCUCACCCCAUCCUCAACUUCCUGUACCGCUGGAUCUACGACGGGGAGCUGGAGGACACCUACCACGAGUUCUUUGUGGCGUCUGACCCCAACGUGAAGACGGACCGCCUCUGGCACGACAAGUACUCCCUGAGGAAGUCCAUGAUCCCCUCCUUCAUCACCAUGGACCAGUCCCACAAGGUGCUGCUGAUCGGGAAGUCCAUCAACUUCCUGCACCAGGUGUGUCACGACAGAACGCCGCCCGGCAAGAUCACACCGGCCUCCAAGUCCGCCGACACGCCCAGCGAUGCGGCGGAGCUGCUGUGGGACCUGGAGGGGGCGUUCCAGGGGAAGAUUGACGCAGCGUACUUCGACACCAGCAGGUACCUGCUGAACGUGCUGAACCGCGACUACCUGCUCCUGGACCACCUGCAGGCCAUGCGGCGCUACCUGCUGCUGGGCCAGGGGGACUUCAUCCGCCACCUCAUGGACCUGCUCAAGCCAGAGCUGGCCCGCCCGGCAACCACUCUCUACCAGCACAACCUCACGGGCAUCCUGGAGACGGCGGUGCGCGCCACCAACGCCCAGUACGACAACGCCGAGAUCCUCAAGAGGCUGGACGUCCGCUUGCUGGAGGUGUCGCCCGGUAGCACGGGCUGGGAUGUCUUCAGUCUGGACUACCACGUGGAUGGACCCAUCGCCACGGUGUUCACGCGCGAGUGCAUGAGCCGUUACCUGCGUGCCUUCAACUUCCUGUGGAGGGCUAAGAGGAUGGAGUACACGCUGACGGACAUCUGGAAGGGUCAGAUGUGCAACGCCAAGCUCCUCAAAACCAUGCCAGAGCUGUCCGGGGUGCUCCACCAGUGCCACAUCCUGGCCUCCGAGAUGGUCCACUUCAUCCACCAGAUGCAGUACUACAUCACCUUUGAGGUGCUGGAGUGCUCGUGGGACGAGCUGUGGAACAAGGUGCAGCAGGCCCAGGACCUGGACCACAUCAUCACCGCCCACGAGGUCUUCCUGGACACCAUCAUCUCCAGGUGCCUGCUGGACAGCAACAGCAGGUCUCUUCUGAACCAGCUGAGGGCCAUCUUCAACCAGAUCAUUGAGUUCCAGAGCGCCCAGGACUCUCUGUACCGCUCUGCCCUGGAGGAGCUCCGCCUGCGGCUGCAGUACGACGAGCAGAAGAAGACGAGGGAGACCCAGGGCGAGUGGGGCGUGACGGCGGAGCAGGAGGCGGAGGAGGCCAACAGAGUGCGGGAGUUCCAGGACACCAUACCCAAGAUGCGCUCGCAGCUGCACAUCCUCACACACUACUACCAGGGCAUCGUGCAGCAGUUCCUGGUGCUGCUGAUGACCAGUCCUGACCAGAGCCUUCGCUUCCUCAGCUUCAGGCUGGACUUCAACGAGCACUACAGGGCCAGAGAGCCGAGGCUGCGCGCCUCGCUCGGCACCACCAGGGGGCGACGCUCCUGAGGCGUCUGACGCUGUGCUGGCCACGCCGGCACUCUGACGUCGUAGGGAGGGGGCUUUGGAUGUCACCGUGGGGCCAGGAAACGAUGGAACCUCGACCUCCGGGGGGGGGGGGGGGGGGGGCGGUUCGUU